AUGUUCAGCAUCGAUAAGAAGCAACCGGACCAGCACAAGCAGCGAAUGGUAGUAGUGAGCAUCUGCCUCGCCAUCGAGCAGCAACAGAACAGGUGUGACAAGGACGGGGAAGGCGACGACGACGAGGAGGAAGAGGGCAGGGAGGAGGAAGACGACGACGAGGAGGACCAGGACGAGGAGCUGGAGCAGGAGCAGGAGCAGGAGGAGAAGGAGGAGGAGGAGGAGGAGGAGGAGGAGGAGGAGGAGGAGGAGGAGGAGGAGGAGGAGGAGGAGGAGGAGGAGGAGGAGGAGGACGACGACGACGACGACGACCAUGACGACAACGACGAGGAGGAGAAGAUGCACGAGAGUGGGGAGUUGAAAGAGGUGUUUGCAGAGAAAGGGGUGCUGGGAGGGGCGGGGAAGGGAGAUGCACCAGGAGCAGUGACGGCAGCAGCAGCAGCGGCGGAUGGGCAGGUUGAUGGGGCGAAGGGGUUGCAAGAGCGGCUGAAGGCACUCCUCUCGUCUUCGCCUACCAUGCUGUUCAUGAAGGCACUCGUCUCGUCUUCGCCUUCCUCUCAUCCCUUCCUCUCAUCCCUUCCUCUCAUCCCUUCCUCUCAUCCCUUUCUCUCAUCCCUUCCUCUCAUCCCUUCCUCUCAUCCCGUCCUCUCUGCUGCGUUACCUCUCAGGGAACACCGGAGGAGCCGCGGUGUGGGUUCAGCCGCAAGGUGGUGGAUGCAGUCCAGUCAGACAUGGACUCAUCGCAUGUUUCCUUCCUUCUUCCCCAUGGCUUGUCCUCACGGCCUUGCCUUGCUUUCCCAGGGCACACCAGAGGAGCCGCGGUGUGGGUUCAGCCGCAAGGUGGUGGAUGCACUCACGUCAGAAGGGAACACCGCAGGAGCCCCGGUGUGGGUUCAGCCGCAAGGUGGUGGAUGCAGUCAAGUCAGACAUGGACUCAUCGCAUGUUUCCCCCCCCUCUUCCCCCCUUCUUCCCCCCUCUUCCCCCCUUCUUCCCCCCCUCUUCCCCCCCUCUUCCCCAUGGCUUGUCCUCACGGCCUUGCCUUGCUUUCCCAGGGCACACCUGAGGAGCCGCGGUGUGGGUUCAGCCGCAAGGUGGUGGAUGCACUUACGUCAGAAGGCAUUUCCUUUGGCAGUUUUGACAUUCUCACGGAUGAAGCAGUGAGGCAGGGGCUGAAGGAGCUCUCCAAUUGGCCCACGUACCCCCAGGUGUACCACAAGGGCGAGCUGAUUGGUGGAUGCGAUAUUGUGCUUGAAAUGAAGGCUAAUGGGGAGCUUAAAGCCGAGCUUGGAGGGUGA